UAUGACAUUGGCAACACUGGCCAUUACGUACGUGUUACGUUUGGACAUAAUUUAACAAAUUUAACCGGUGAAGUUUGGUCACUCAUAGACGCACAUUUUUUGCAUCUAAACAACAGAAGUGUAAAAUGUUUUCAGAGAAAUUCAAGAAAUGUAAUCGAAGACAGAUCGACAUCUGCGCUGUCUAAUCAGUUUAAUCAUUUUGACAGAAUUAUAAAAGAAGAAAGCCAUCAUGUUCGCCGGAUUUUGUAAAAACCAUUCGUUGAAAACGCACGCCGUACUCUUUCAGUCAGUCAGAUAUAAAAGAGUGAAUUUAAGGAAACCGAGACCGCCGCAUUUCGAGGCGCAAAGAAUAGAAAAGUUUGUACGCGUUAGCAUUCCUAAGCCGUACGAUGCUGAUUUUCCUCAAUUUUUGAAGUGCAGAAAACCGCUCAAGAGUAUCGUUGCCGAAAAGGAAGAAGAAAACCCGUACGAAAGAAUAUUGGCUAACGAGCUGCUCGAGUUGUUUGAGAAGUCUAAAAUGAUAAUGUUUCUUCAUGCGAAUCCCGUGUGCGGCGAAGAUUUUUAUCGAUCGAUAAAGACGUUUAAAAAAGCCGACAUGGAGCUGGUGCAACGAAGCAAAACUACCGUCAAGAUGGCCGUAGAGAAUAGCAAAUAUCUUCCAAUCACGAGUCUGUUUCAUUCGCAUACGGUAACUUUGUGCAGCGCUGCCGUUCAAAUUGACGUAGCCUUCAAAUUGCUGAAAAAGAUGCCUUAUUACAUUCUGCUCGGUGGAAUAGUAAACGAUCAAUUUUUACACAGAAACAAGUUGGAAGAAUACAGCAAGUUACCAAAUUUAGACGUCGUCAGAGGACAGCUGGUUCAUACAUUAAACGCCGGCAGUGCCGCACUCGCCAACAACAUUUUAAAUCAUCAUCAAAACGAUUUUGUUUCCUUGUUAGACCGUUUACCGCCGAAAUCGUAAUUCUUUCUAUGUAAAUAAGCGUCAUCGAAGAUAGAAAUAGUUGUAAUUUAGUAAAUGUUAUCGAUUAUCGAUUAA